AUGGCUACCAACAUUACAUGGCAUCCCUCACUCUCGCGCUCUGAGCGUAACCAGCUGCGCGGGCAGCGUGGUUUCACCCUCUGGCUCACAGGACUUUCCGCCUCUGGCAAGUCCACCGUAGCAACCGCUCUGGAACAGCACCUUUUGCACCUGGGAGUUGCCGCCUAUCGUUUGGACGGUGACAAUGUACGCUUCGGCCUCAACAAAGAUCUUGGUUUCUCCGAGAAAGACCGUAAUGAGAACAUCCGUCGCAUCGCUGAGGUCGCUAAGCUGUUUGCCGAUUCUUCGACCAUUGCCAUUACCUCCUUCAUCUCGCCGUACCGUGCAGACCGUCAAGUAGCUCGUGAGCUGCACAGCCAGACUGGCCAGAGCAGCGACGAAGCCAUUCCAUUCAUCGAAGUCUUUGUCGAUGUGCCUCUCGAGGUCGCUGAGCAGCGUGACCCCAAGGGUCUGUACAAGAAGGCUCGGGCGGGAGAGAUCAAGGACUUCACCGGCAUCUCAGCCCCUUACGAGGCACCCGAGAAGCCCGAAAUUGUUAUCAGGACCGACAAGUCGAGCGUCGAGGAAUGUGUGGCACAAAUUGCCGAGUGGCUGAUCAAGGAGGGUCUCAUCACUGCGAGUAAAACGGCCUGA